UCACUUUAUAUAUCAUUAGAACAUUUCGGUUAAUUGAGCAAUUUUUUCUGUUGAUAAUUACAGUACUUAAAAUGAACACAACAGAACAAAUAGAUAAUGUAGUGAAUUUACUACGAAAUACCUUUAAUCAGAGUUUACACUAUGAAUUGACGACAACAACAACAGCUUCUACGUUGCCACUACAUAGCUCCAUUGCUCGAGAUAACAGCAAUGAGGGCGAUAAGGCGCUACUCAUUGCAAAAGUUAUUACCAUUGUUAUAAUGUUCAUUGCAACAGUGAUUUGCAGUGGAAUACCGUUCUUAUUGAAUCGUUACUUCAAAUGGACUGAAAAUAAUACUGACGCACGUUCCGCCACUGUGGUGAAGUGUCUAUUAUAUUUUGGCGGUGGGGUACUGAUCUGUACGACUUUUUUGCAUGUGCUGCCAGAUGUACAGGAGGAUGUACAUGACUUGCAACAUUGUGGCUAUCUGCCUGAGUUGACUUUUGGUUUACCAGAAAUGCUUAUGUGUGCUGGAUUCUUUUUAAUGUUCUUCAUCGAUGAAUUGGUGCAUACUUUUCUACACAAUCAUAAACCAUUGUUAGAGGAGGAUGACGGCGCUGGUGCCGCUUUUGAACGUGGACAUAGUUUCCGUAAUAGCGUGUUAUUUAAACCCAAAAACCCGAAGAAAUUUGAGCUGGCGGAAAAUGAAACAAGCGUUGCUACUAUUAGUGUCACUGAAACGGACAAUGUAAAGUUGGAGAACGGCAACAGCGUUCCGGAGCGAAACAACAACAAUGUGGAAAGCAAUAAUACUGAACAUGCUGUGGAACAUAACCAUAAACAUCAACAGAACUCGCAUUCACAUUCCCAUAUGCCAGUAGUGAAUAGUGAAGGGGAUGCCGUUACCUCCUCACUGCGAGGUUUGUUUAUUGUAAUGGCUUUGUCAUUGCAUGAACUCUUUGAAGGUAUGGCUAUUGGCCUUGCCGGUACAGCAAGUUCGGUAUGGUUUAUGUUUGGCGCUGUCGCAGCUCACAAAUUGGUCUUGGCGUUUUGUGUGGGCGUUGAAUUGAUCGUAGCACGUACACGUCGUGGAUUAGUAAUUGUUUACUUAUUUACUUUUGCGAUUGUUAGUCCAAUCGGUAUUGGUAUUGGCAUAGCAAUUACUAAUACAGAUGAUAUGACUUCGACAAAUAUGACUGCAGCUAUAUUAAAUGGUCUUGCCUGUGGUACUCUCUUGUAUGUGGUGUUCUUCGAAAUACUCUCGAAGGAACAUGCUGGGUUAUUGUCAUAUUUAAUGUUACUCAUUGGAUUUGGUGUUAUGUUUGGCUUACAACAACUAGGUGCUGAUGAUCAUGAUCAUGGUGAUUCUUGCGACGGGGCUGACACUGAGACAACAGCUUUUAAUCCAAACAAAGUACCAGUUGAAAAUUUUGAAAAGGUUAAUGAUAUGUAUCUGUUACAUGUACCAUAUAUUAAAUUGAAACAAGCUUACGCUAUACUUCAUCUCAUCACUUCGUCUUUAUAG